AUGAGCAAAUAUAUUUCCAUAUCCGAAGAUUGGGUGAAAGAGAAAGUCAAAAUUUCUAGUGAAAACUUAGAGGAUAUAAAAACACUGAUUUUGCAGGGAAAUUAUGAAGAGAAAAUAAAUUGUCUUGGGACUGCUUUAUUACAUUUUUCAAGGCUGAAAAUCCUCGAUCUAUCAAGAAAUGUUCUGAAGUCAAUUAGGGGUAUUGAACACAUCAAGACGUUAGAAGUUUUAAACCUGUAUUACAACAGCAUUGAAGAUAUUAAUGAACUUAGAGUUCUGGCUUUUAACAAAAAUAUCAAAGACCUUGAUCUUCGACUGAACCCAGUGUCACGUCUGAACUCAGAUUACAGGUUGUAUCUCACAUACAUCCUUCCUAAACUUAAAACUCUAGACUGUCGUUUGUUAAGAGACGCAGAACGGAAAGCAGCUAUUUCCUUCUUUGGAUCUGAUCCUACAGUUGAUUUGUGCCCAUUAGCUAUGUUGAGAAAACUUGAUGAUAUGCGAAUUAGUAAGACUAAUAAAACCAGACAUGAUCAUAGUCCACACUUUGUUGAAAAGUCUGACCGUUUGUUGAAAUAUUAUCAGGAUAGUAAUAAUAACAGUAAUAAUCAAAAUAACAAUAAUUCCCCUCCAAAUCUUGAAAUGUGGUCUAAUGACAUUCACCCCUUACAUAACACCCCCUUGACAUAUGAACAAGAUGGUUAUGAUAUGCCAUCCAAAUCACAAGAUCCAUGGACAACUAAUUUUCUACGCUUGAAUCCCAAAUCUAGAUUAGUGCCACCAGCGGUUGAUCCUCCAAGAGGUGUGAAGCAUGCAGAGUUUUACAAUGGGAAAGAAAGGUUACAAACAGAGUUAGAAAUGACUGUCCCUGGAAGAAAAGAUAGAAUUAACGAAAAAGAAACCACGGUUGAUAUUAAUGGCUAUCAACCGCAUAAGGAUCCAAGUGAACGAUGCUUAUCUGUUGGCCCUUCGGAAGUUAAAUUAAGUAAUGGUCCACGUAUACCGCCUCGUGGUAAACGUUUCACACCGUCCGCAUUGCUAUCCAACGGUUGUAUGAAGAAAAAUCCUGCGGAACAAGUUACUGUGGAAUCCGAAAAAUAUUUAGACUCUUCAUGGAUGAGAAAUGAACUGGAAAACAAUUUACCCGAUAAAACAGACCAGGCAUUCUUUCUCAUUAUGAAGAAUUUUAUCGAGGAGGCAGUUUCAGAAAGUUUCGCUCGCUACAAGCUGGCUGAGUUAAAGAGCAGUCUGUCAAAAUUUUCACCCUCAAUAGUGAAUGAAUCUGGGGUUACUGGAAUCUCUACACUACCACAUUCUUCAUUUGGUAGAACCUGUUCAUUAAGUGAUAAGGCAAAUUUUGAAAUGAAAACCAAUGGUCAUAUGAGUAAAAGUGAAAAUUACAAUACUAACAGUAACAACAAUCAAUUGAAUGAUGGCAAAAAUAUUACAAAUUCUGAAGAAUUUCAGCAAGAUGAUGAGAAAAAUCUGGAACAUUCGAAAAGAUAUCAUGCAAAAAGAGUUGAAGUGAUGGACUCCAUGAAAGAAGGAAAUGAAUUGGAAAAUCUGAAAGAAGUCAGCAAUAGAUUAACUACAAAAAAAGCUACUAAAGUCAUUCAGGAUGAAAAUGUGAGAAAUAAAGAAUUGGAAUCUGAAAAUUCUCGACUAACUGCUGAAGUUGAACGACUGAAAACUCGCUUAAGACUAUACGAAGAGUUUGCAUCUGCAAUGAACUCCAACAUGGCGGCAUUUCAUCCAGUUAUACCUUUAUCACUUAUGAAUUCUAAUGAAUUGAAUAACGGAAGUAAUUCUAUACAAUUAACGUCUGGUCCAACAGUAAAACGUGCGAUAUCAUUGAUCCCAUCAAAUACUAAUUCAUCAUCAUACGCAAAUGGAUUGAAAUCAGAAAAUGAUUCCACAUUUCAGGAGCACUUGUCCACAACAAUGCGUCAAGCAGUCAAUUUCAACGGUAGUGUAGAAAACCAAUCGAAUUCAAUAUCUUGUUCAAAGUUUAUGAAUUAGCUUAUAUCAAUGUCUGUGUCAUAUACCACUUGUGAACUUGCGUACUACUUUGAAAAGUAGUUUACAUCACAGUUUAAUAGUGGAUUCAACCAGUGUUCCUUGUAUUCAAUUAUGCUUCUUGGUGAAUGUUCUUUUUUUACUAACAGUAUUUGUUUUCUUACAUAUUUUAUAUGCUUUUAAUACUAUAUCACAAAAUGCUUUUUAUUCAAUGGUAGGACCUAUCUCUACCUUUCCUAUUGGUGCGGCUACUGCUUCUUUUGAUAAUAAUGGCGGUGCUGUAACUGUUGCGAGGAGAUGAAUGCUGAAGGUGUUUUGCGUAUUUAUGUACCUAGCACCUCAGUGAUUUUGUUAAUUGACUUUCUGGUGGAUAAUUGUCAACUAAUAAACACAAUAGAUUCUAGUCUCUGUCCUGUCUCAUUGUUCCGCAUAUUAAUUUUAAUUUACAUUGGGAUAUUUUAUGCAUUCCGAUCUCAUCAGCGUGAAAAUGUCAUCAAGCUUUAUCUUUGUUAUUAAAAUUUUCAAUGUUUAAACAACAAUUCGUGUUUGUACUCCUUCUGCCUGCUCACUAUUUCUUUUUUGGUUCUCUGUAUUACCAUUCUCUGUGUGUGUGUUUAUUUUCGUAUGUUUUGUGUACUUACAUAGGACUUUAAUUUUAACCGAUGCAUUUCCAGGUGCGGUGUUACACUUGUCUAUUUCUUUUGUUUCUUUAAUUCUCUUUUCCAUGACUUGUCCACACACAUGAAAUUUCAUGACUGAGAUGAAUUACUUUUACUCUAAUAAUCGUUUUCCAUGCUCUACUCACUAACACAGUUUUCCGUGUUUAGUUGUUGUAUCCUUAUGAG